CUGCAAAAUCAUAUUAAUAACCAUUUGUCACUUAUAUGUAUCAACUUCACAUAAAUCCAACUAUUAAAUUAAAUUUACUAAAAUACCCUUUUUCAUUCUGUAACAAAUCCAUUCUUAUUAGCUAUGAUUUCAGUCCAAAUAUACAUAUCAUACACAUAAUUACUAAACAUAACAUAAGCUUCCAUGGCUAAAUUCAUCUUAAAUUUCCAUUUUUCCAAUCCAAAUAAAUGUAAACAACUACAAUUCUCUUGUUUUUAUGCUUUAAUCUCUGUCACCACUCUGAGUUUCUUGCUUUUUCAAACUUCAGCCUCUCAAUGUGUCCUUGAUAUUCAUAAAUCUUCAUCAUGGAAUUAUGACUCAAAUUGUAAAGAAGGAAAUUGGGGUGGAUUUAUAAGUAAUUGUAGUUGUGGGGAAGCUUUUGAUGAUUACUUAUAUGGAUUGGCACAAAGGGCCAACCAGAGUAAUAAUCAUCAGAAGCUUUUCUUGAAUUCAACUGAACAAAAUAGUUGCAUUGAUAAUAAUGAUAUUUCUGGCUGUGGUUUUGAAAAGCUAACAAGUGGAGUUGGUGGUUGUUCUGACUUUUCUUCAAAUGAUGUUGUUAAUAAUCUAGGAAACAAACUCAAUGAGCUUGAAGAAGACUGUAAAUUUCUUGGCUCAAUAGCUUGUUCUUCCUGUCUAAAGAGGUGGGAAGAGAUUGUUGCAAAGGAUGGGAAUGAGACUAAAAAAGAAGAAACUGAAACUAUGGUAUGUGGUUUUGCUGUUUUGAUUAGUUUAAGUAGUGGAAGAGUUAAAGAUGAGAAUUGGAUUCACACCCUUUAUAGAUGCCUUGGGGAUCAAGACAUUUCAAGAGAAAAGGAAGACAAAACUAGUAAACAUAAAAAGUUGAGGACAGGUUUAUGGAUUCUAGCUGGUGCUCUAGUGGGAAUGACAAUACUAGUAACUGGUAUAACAUGGUUCUUGUAUAGGAAGAGAGUUGAAGACCAUCUUUUAUCAGAAAAGGAGGAAUCUGAUCAUAGCAUGGAUAUGGAGUCUACAAAUGAAGAAAAAGGCUGCAUUAAGAUAUCAAUUAAGGAAGUUUAUUUUGCAACAGACAAUCUCAAUUCUUCUAACUUCAUUGGCCAAGGUGUAGCAGGGAAAGUAUAUAAAGGAACACUUUCAAAUGGGAAACAUGUUGCAGUGAAGCACAUAAUCAAAGAUGGUCAUGUAGACACAUUCAUUAGAGAAGUGAGAAGCCUUUCUCAUGUCAAACAUCCAAACCUUGUGCCUUUACUCGGAUAUUGUGAGGCUGCAGAUGCAUGUUUCCUGGUUUAUGAGCUUUGCCACAAUGGGAACCUUUCAGAAUGGUUGUUUGGUCAAGAUGUUGUUCUCUCGUGGAUCGAAAGACUAAAGAUUGCGAUUGACAGCGCCAAAGGUCUAUGGUUUCUGCAUACUUAUCCAGAUGGAUGCAUUGUUCAUCGCGAUAUCAAGCCAACAAAUAUCCUCAUAGAUUCUAAAUUUCAAGCCAAACUCUCUGACUUUGGAUUGUCUAAGGUUAUGGAAAUAGACCAAUCACAUGUGGUGUCAGAAGUGAGAGGGACAUUAGGCUAUGUAGAUCCUGAGUAUCAAAGAAAUCACCAUGUGAACCCUUCAGGAGAUGUUUACAGUUUCGGAAUAGUACUAUUACAACUCUUAUCAGGGCAACGAGUAAUCGAUUUCAACUUGGCCACACCAAUGCUGCUCCUCAAAAUGGCUAAAUCUCUCACAGCUAAAAGUAGUAAAGACGAUUUUGCUGACCCCAAACUCAAGAGGGAAUACUCAUUGGAAGCCUUUGAACUUGUAUUCAAGCUAGCUUUGUCAUGCACAGGACAUAAACAGCUAAGGCCAUCCAUGAAACAAGUGGUCUCAACACUAGAAAAUGCAUUUAAUAUCUCAACACAAUUUGAUUCAGUUACUUGACUCAUAAUUUAUCAAAGAAUAUUGUUCAUAUUUGCUUAUUCAAAUAGAAAAGAAUUACAAUAUGGUGUAAUAGUGUGUACAUAGAUUUAUACAAAAGCUUCAUCAAUAAAACCAGAAGCUGAUACACUUUAGCUAUUAACUCUUACAAAAACCGAGCUAAUAUACUCAUGACUUGAUUAUAUAUCUACACAACACGAAAGGUUUUACCCUAUAAAAUUUGGGUUACCAAACGUGAACAGAUCGUUCUUGUGAAAGAGCAGGAGAAGCCAUCAAACCAGAAGACCUUCUUUCAUAAAAUUCAUGGAGGACCCUGAUGAGAGCACCGGCUUUCUUGCUAGCUCGAGAUGUACCUUCACUCAGCAGAGAAUACAAAGAUCCCAUUAGAGAUGGACUAUUGGCUAAUAGAGCAACCACUUCUUUUCCUCCAUUUCUACAAAGAGCUAGCAGCAAAGACACGCAGUACUCCUUCCCUGUCCUAGAACUAAUGGAGCUUAAAAUCUCGAUGAUCGAAUUCAAACCACCAUGGUGCAAAACAGCAGCUGUCCCAUCUGAUUUUUCAGCAAGAGUUGCUAGAAUUGCAAGUGAAUCUGUCACAAGAUCAUCUUCUGUAUCAGAAGAUUUCAAAAGAUUAGCAAGGACAUGAACUGUCCCAGCUUCCAACACACCCUUAUGAUUUCCAGGGUGUGCAAGGAGCCCAUAUAUGGCAACUAAGGCGUUUUUCUUGCCUCUACUUGCUCCAUUUCUUAUGAGCUCGGUUAAAGCUGGAAUUGCUUCAGUAAGAUUCCCAAUCAAAACUCUGUACUCUUCAACUGAAGCAAGAUAAAAGAUUGUCCCAGCUGCAUAUUGUCUUGCUUCUGAGCUAACUCCCUUCUUAAGAACACUUAUGAGUAUUUCAAGACCUCCUUCUUGGACUAUUGUGGCUCUUCCUUUGGAAUUCUUGGAAAGGUUCAAAAGGGCAGCAGAAGAAUUCUCUUGAGACAAUGAAUCUGUUGAAAGUAAAAGAUUCAACAGUGGCGGGAUCACACCGGCUUCUACCAAACAAGACCUAUUAAAAACGCUUGUUUUGGAUAGAAGCCUUGCUUCAUAAGCAGCCUUGUUUUGUUCUAUUCCUGUUCCAACUACAAGUGUAACAGAUACAAAAUCUGCAACCAUAUUCAUGGCCUUUUCAAAAGCCAAACUAUCAGCCGAAACCGCCUUCUUAACGUGACGAUUUCUAUGACAUGAAUCAACAAAAGAAAUGCCCUUUUCAGAACAAUAAAGCUUAAUCAAACCCUUAAGAGCAGAGUUAGGUACCAUUUCCAUGUUCUUGAGCUUUUCACCUGUUUUGGGACAAGUUGAAUUUCCAGCUCUGAACCAUUUGGUAAUUGAAGAACGAUCAUACGUUUGACCAGAAGCUACCGUUACAGGAUCAAUCAUCAUCUCCAACGAUAUUGGACACCGAAGAUCAUCUGAAUUAAUACCAUUCAGCACUUGACUUCUACAAUUUCCGUUUGAUUGUUUUCUAUUGGGAUCACAAUCAACGACACCAAAAACCACGCAACGACAAUAGCAAACGAAACCCAUUAGACUGCUUAGCAAACCCAACUCUUCCUUUUCGUCGUUUGAGCUCUCGAGCUCAAUCUCCGAAUCCAAGAACAUCGCUUCCUUAUUACACGAGCUCCAGUUUCUGAUUCCAAGAUUAACAAGUACCCAUUUGAGAUCGCCCAUAUCAGGGACAACCCCACGUUCGAACCCGCUCAGAACGGAUCGAACAGCUGACCCGACCCGUUUAUCGUCGGAUUCGGGUUCGAACCUCGUUUUCCGCGCUUGCCUCGUUACCAAAUCAACAUGGUCUUUAAUAUCGACCGGUACGUCGAUCACGGUAAUCGGAAGAACAUCAAGAGCCGUCGCGAUCGCCCGGGAAAAGAACCGGAAUUGGUUAGCUACCCGCUCCGAAUUCAUUAACAUCCAUACCCGAGAACCUUCUCUGUUACAAUCCUCUAACAAGAACCGAACUUUCUGGAAAACCAAAUGGAGCUCCGAGAAACCCAGAACGACGGAACCCGGAAGAUCCGAAUCCCAUUCUCGAAUUUCUUCAAGAAAAGUGAGAAUCACCCCAAUUUGGCGAAUUGAUUCGUGGGCAUUUCGCUUGUUGGAAGCGAAAAAAUUGGAUCGGUAAUUACAUAUUUGACGAGCAAGAGAAAUUAACGAGUUGAGGAGUGUAGAGGGACGAAUCUCCUCACAUGGAUGAAUCGCCGGAAAAGUCAUAAUCCGGCGAGUAGAGACAUUUUGAGUUUGAAUCAUUGAACAAAAGUUUCAAAUCAAAGAGAUUUCGAUAAAAGUAUGAACUUGUUUUCUUGUGCUUUGAAUUAUU